ACGAUGUCUGUAUGCAGUAUGCGAGGCUCCUCUUGCCACCACACACUGUCUCCUUGUUCGUGGAAAUUGGGGCUGUUGAGAAUUCCGACCUCGAAUUCCGGUUUGGCUCUUUCAUUCAGUCGCUCUGCUCUGUCUCCCGUGUGUCUCUGUGCUACCGCGUCAAGUUUUUGGCAACUAAAAAUCCCCGUCAUUUCUGGUUUUUGAGUCUCCCUCCCAGAAAAUCCCAUUCCCAACCCCGGCUAUGGCGGCGAGUGCAAAACGAAAGCAGGAGGAGAAGCACCUAAAGAUGCUCCGGGAGAUGACGAGCCUGCCUCCCAAUAGAAAGUGCUUUGACUGCGACCAGCGCGGCCCGACCUACGCCAAUAUGACCGUGGGCUCGUUCGUCUGCACCUCUUGCUCGGGCAUCCUACGAGGCCUAAAUCCACCCCACAGAGUGAAGUCUAUCUCCAUGACUACCUUCACACAGCAGGAAAUAGAGUUUUUGCAGAAACAUGGCAAUGAGCUGUGCAAACAGAUUUGGUUGGGAUUGUAUGAUGACAGAUCUUCUAGCAUUCCUGACUUCAGAGAACCACAGAAAGUGAAAGAAUUCCUUCAAGAAAAAUAUGAAAAGAAACGAUGGUAUGUCCCUGCAGAACAAGCGAGGGUUGUCGCGUCGGUUCAUGCUUCCGUGUCGGGCUCCUCCGCCAGCAGCACGAGCAGCACCCCUGAAGUCAGACCGCUGAAGUCGCUUCUUGGAGAGACUGUACCGGCACUGCACUUAAACAGAAGCACACCAGGCCAAUCCCCGGUGGUUAGUCGUGUACAAGCGCAGCAACCGCAACAUUUCCAACAAGACAAGAAGCAGUUUGAUCUCCUCAGUGAUCUGGGAGGUGAUAUCUUUGCAGCUCCUGCUCCAGCCCCAGCUCCAACCUCUCAGUCUACAGGCUCUGCAAACUUUGCAAACUUCGCAAAUUUCAACAGUCAUACAGCUCAGAAUAAUGCAAAUGCAGACUUUGCAAACUUUGAUGCAUUUGGAAAUUCUAGUGCAUCGGGUAAUUUUGGAGGUUUCCCCACAGCGACUCAGCUGCCGUUCCAGCCCCCGAAUACAGCGUUCAGAACGCUUUCAUCCAGCUGCAGUUUUGGUGAAUUUACUACAGCUUUCCCUCUUCAUGCUGCGCACAGGGCGAGUGGACCGGUGAGCAACGCUAGUUCUGCUCCAUCUGUGACAGCUGUGUCCACUUCAAGUCAGCCUUCAUCUGUAGGAGGAGACAAAUAUGCUGCAUUGGCAGAGUUAGACAGUGUCUUUAGCACCCCAGCACCUACCAGUAAUGUCUAUAAUGCACCCAGCAGUGUUAGCAGCAGCGUUUUCGGACCAGUAACUGGUGCAAGUCAAACACAGUCACAGUCAGUGAUAUCCAGCAUCCCUGCAGGGUUUGGAGCCGCCACAUCAACAAAUCCUUUCAUGGCACCGAGUGCUGUUCCUCCAGCAUCUGCUCCAACCAAUCCGUUUCAGUCUAAUGGGAGAGCUGCAGCGGCAGCAGCAGGCCUUUUAGGAGCACUGCACAGCCAAGCUUUUCAACAGGCUCACUUUGCUAGUUUUGGCACUGGCUCUUUGAGCAUGCCAGCAGGGUUCGGCGCAACAACUGCCUAUAAUCUUCCAACCAGCUUUAGUGGUACGUUUCAGCAGCCGCCAUUCCCUGGCCAGGCAGCCUUCCCACAGCCACCAGCCUACCCACAGCAGCCCAAUGGUGCCGGGUUUGGAGCUUUUGGGCAAGCAAAGCCUGUUGUAACCCCAUUUGGCCAGGUGAUGGCAGCACCAGGAAUGUCUAGCAAUCCAUUCAUGGCUGGAGCUCUGCCAGGACAGUACCCAUCUGGAAGCUCUUCUACCAAUCCCUUCUUGUAGCCCCUUAAUUGUCACCUGACAAAUAGGAUGUGGUCAUGUGGCAUAUUUUGAGCCUUGUGCACUGUUGUCUUGUUUCACAAACUUAGCUUUAAACUCACAAAAAAAAAAUCUCUCAAACUUUGUAAUUUUUAUUCAAAUGGGGAGAAAAAAAUAAGUAAUAUGUGCAGAAGGAGGACAUGUUCUCCUUGAUAUCUUUAUUUAACCUGUGAACUGGCAAACAAACCACAUAGCCGUAUCAUGUAUGUUGAAACGGGCUAAUAAAUUAUUGCAAAUACCACAUUCAUUAUGCUGCAGUACUGUACAUAUUUUUCUUAGGAAAUUUAGCUAUUUGUGCAUAUCAGUAUUUGUAUCUUUAACACAUGUAUGUUAUGUGAAAAUGUUACUGGGAAAAGAUGGGCUACUGCAGGGUGCUGUAUCUAUUUGAUUAAUAAUCUUUAUUAUAUUGAACAGUUGUGAUCAGUAGGUUUGAAAAGACGGUAUUCAGUUACCAUGUAAAAAGGUAUUUCUUUUUCUGUUAACUAUCAUAUGAAUUGUUUGGCUAGAUCUUGAAAAUACAGUGGGGUGGGAAAUCACCUGUGUUAAAUAUCAUGUUUUCAGGUGGUACAUUUAAUAUGAACAAAAGUAAAACUAAAACUACUUUUGUUGGGUGUUCCAAAAGUUUAAGUUAAUGUGUACAUAUAUAAAUAUAUAUUAAAAUGGAUUUUAACUAAAAAACAAACAAACAAACAAAAACUGCUUAUUCUUUUGUAUAUCUGUACAAAUCAUUCAAUGUUUAACCAUGUUGUAAAAAAAAAGAAAAAAAAAAAGAAGACAUUUUACAGGUUUGGCUUUGCUACAUAGCACUGCUUACAAGUACAGUUCAGUUUAAAUGCUGGCCCUGUAUAACACAAAGUCAACUAUAUUGGCCCAGGGCUAAAAGAAAUAGUAAUGAAAUAUAAAAUAUUUAUCCUUGUUAUAUGUUGUAAUAGCACUUUUCAUCUGCCUUGUAUUUUACUUUUAGAUUAUACUUUUAAUGAUAAUAAAGUUAAAUAAUCUUUUCGUUUUAGAA